GGAUGUUGUCUGAACUCUGUUGUUCGACUUGUGAAGAAGCUAGUUCCUAAUGGAACUGAGUUGAACGAUAAACAAGUCAUGCUAGACCCUCUCUCUCACCAACUCAAACCCACAAAAAACCAUGUUCUAAGCUUAAUCAAAAGCUUCAAUUCGUGGGCUUUUGGUAUCAAGACCGCCUCCUCUCCCCACAAAGCCUUGCAGCUUUACUGUAAAAUGCACCGCCAAGACGUUCAUUUUGACAGCUUCUCUAUACUCCACACCCUCAGAGCAUGUUCGAGUUUCCGUAAUUUACCCAUCAUUCGUCACCUGCAUGCCCAUAUAACCAAACUUGGCUUCAGUGAUCACAUCUACGUUGGCACUUCCCUCCUAAAUGCUUAUGUUGUCACCUCAUUAGCUGAUGCCUGUGCACUGUUCGACGAAAUGCCUGAGCGUAACAUAGUUACAUGGAAUACGAUGAUUACUGGAUAUUCAAAUUCUGGGGAUUUAUCCAAAGCGUAUGCUAUUUUUGAGGAAAUGCCUGCAAGAGAUGUCUCUACCUGGUCUGCCAUGAUCUCCGCGUAUUGUAACAGGGGCAAAGAGAAUGAAGGUUUAACUCUCUUUAGAGAGAUGUUAACAAAUGAAGGUUUAAAACCUGACCCAAUGACAGUAGUAUCAGUUUUAUGUGGGUGUGCUCAGAUGGGAUCUCCUGGGUUGUUGGCAGGGAAAUCAGUUCAUACUUAUACAGUGAAGAAUGGGUGGGAGUUGGAUGUGAAAAUUGGCACCGUUUUGGUUAACAUGUAUGCCAAAUGUGGAUAUCUGAAGAUUGCUAGUAGAGUUUUUGAGAUGAUGCAAGAUAGGAAUGUCAUCACAUGGACCGCAUUGAUCUGUGGGUCUGCACAGCAUGGAUAUGGAAAAGAAGCAUUGUCAAUAUUUGAGAUGAUGCAAAAUGCAAGCAUCAAUCCUAAUGAAAUGACAUUUACAGGGAUUCUUACUGCUUGUGCACAUACAGGAUUAGUGGACGACGGGAGAAAGUACUUCAAGAUGAUCAAAGAGUAUGGCUUGGAACCAACAAUUCAUCAUUAUGGAUGCAUGGUUGACUUGUUUGGCAGGGCAGGGCUGUUGGAGGAAGCACAUGAUGUCAUCAGGAAAAUGAAAUUUGAGCCAAACAUCAAUAUUUGGGGAUCUUUCUUGUCGGCAUGUAAGGAGCAUAAGCAGUUUGUGAUGGCAGAGAGAGUGAUCGAACAGGUCUUGAAGGUGAUUAGGCCGGAGACUGACGGAGGGGUUUAUUCACUUAUAGCUGAUUUGUUUGUUCUGAAUGAAAGAUGGGAUGAUGCAGAAAGAGUGAGGAGAUUGAUGCUUAACCAAAAUGUAAAGAAAGUCAGGGGCUCCAGUUUUAUUUGAAGUCUAUUAUAAGUUUUGGUAGUCUUUUCUUCUUC